AUGUGGGAUGAUAUCCUUGGGUUGCUUCAAAAUCGAAAUGUCGCUUUCACAGUCUAUUUAGGAGCUUAUGAUAAUGAAGAGGACGCGGCUCGUACUUACGACUUGGCUGCUUUAAAAUACUGGGGCCCAGCUACCAUCCUCAAUUUUCCUGCCGAGUCUUAUGCCAGAGAGAUUGAGGACAUGCAGAGAGUGUCUAAUGAGGAGUAUUUAGCUACGCUGCGCCGCCGUAGUAGUGGAUUUUCCAGAGGGGUCUCAAAGUAUCGUGGUGUGGCAAGGCACCAUCAUAAUGGUCGAUGGGAAGCUCGGAUUGGACGUGUUUCUGGAAAUAAAUAUCUCUACCUGGGAACAUACAGCACCCAAGAGGAAGCGGCCAAGGCGUACGACCUGGCGGCCAUCCAGCAACGCGGCCCCAACGCCGUCACGAACUUCGACAUCAGCGUUUAUGCCGACGAGCUCAAGAAAAUCCAAUCGGGCGGAAUCGGACUCAGAAUCCUCGUCACCCGACCGGAAGAAAACCCGACCGAAAACGAGAAAAAGUCGACAGACGAGCAGCCUCCGCCACACGAGCCGCCGAUGGAUGAUGUGGCACCCCUUGUGGUGGGCCCACCGCACGAGCACCCUUGGGAUAUAUACUUGGACACGGAUUUCGAGAUGCCACAGCUGCCCGAGAUUCCCUUCGACCCAACUUCCGAGGAUCCAGGCUGGCUCGACUGCACGGAUUUCGAGGACGAUAUCGAGCGUAUCUUUGACGGGCUCUCGUUUGACGACGGGUUUUUGCUGCAGGAUGAAGGGGUUGUUGAUGAGGGUAAUUUGAAGAGGAGGGAUUUGUCGGAUUCGCUUUCGGGCUCGUCUUUGUCGACUAUGGCAUCGGCUAGCAGCGAAAUUUGA